GAUCUCUCUUGAUUUCUUCUUCCUCCUCCUCUCUGUCUCUCUCUCGUUCGGUCUCUCUCUCUCUCUCUGAACAGCGGCAAUGGCGGCGGUGACUCUUCAGAGGCAUCUGCUCCUCUGCAACGCGACGCUUGUGCUGCUGCUGCAUCUGUGCAGCGGCCUGAGCCUCGACACGGUGAGGGACUUCCUCACAAGGGAGGAGGACGCCAUCGUCUUCAGCCUCAUCGAGAGGGCCAGGUACCCGGCGAACGCUCCGGCCUACGGCCCCGCCGCCGCCGGCGACCUCGGCCGCCUGCACGGCGCUUCUUUCGCCGAGAUGUUCGUGCGCGAGUCCGAGGCGGUUCAGGCCAAGGCAGGAAGGUACCAAAGCCUGCAGGAGAUUCCAUUCUUCCCUUUCAGAGUGCCCUUCACACUGGCACCUCCAUAUAACUUCACAGCCGAGCUGCAUGCUGCGGCUGCAUCCGUUAAUGUGAAUGGUGCCAUAUGGAGCACGUACUUCAGUCAGUUGCUCCCUCUCCUGGCCAAGAAUGGUGAUGAUGGCAACUAUGCUGCAACUGUUGCAUCAGAUCUUGUGUGUCUGCAGGCACUCUCAAGAAGGAUCAACUAUGGGAGGUAUGUGGCAGAAGUGAAGUUCAUAGGAGACCAGCAGAAUUACACAACUCUAAUUCGUAAAAAGGACAAGGAUGCUCUGAUGAAAUUGUUGACAUCUGAAGCCCAGGAAGAUGUGGUGAAGAGAAGGGUUCAGAAGAAGGCCAUGGUGUUCGGCCAAAAUGUGACAUUAGAUGGGCCAGUUGAAACUGGCAACAGCAACAGUAGCCAAACCAGUUUCAAAGUUGAUCCUUCAUUAGUGUAUAAACUGUACGACAAAUGGGUGAUACCAUUGACCAAACAAGUGGAGGUCGAGUACCUACUCCAUCGUCUUGAUUGAAUCAAGUCUGUACCUAGCUAACCUAUUCGUUCAAAAAUGUAACCAGUAUUCACAUGAAAGAUUGAAAUAAAUAUGCAGCAAAGUCUGCAGGAUUGACC